AUGGGAAAAUACUUCCCACAAGCCCUGAGGGAUCGCAAGGAGACAGAAUUGCUUCAACUCAGACAAGGAAAGACGAAACUUGAAGAAUAUGAAAGAAAAUUCGAACAACUCUCAAGAUAUGCACCACACCUAGUGGAUAUUGAAGCAAAGAAAGCAAGGAGGUUCGAACUUGGAUUGCGUCCUGAGAUUGGUGGAAUAAUGGCAUCCCACCAAUUCACCACCUAUAGGUGCGUUUUGCAAACUGCCCAAGCAAUCUCAAAUAGGUUGGAAAUGGAUCAAAUUCCACAGCAAGGGACCGAGUUAUCAGGAAAGAGGAAGUGGAAUGGGUCCAAUGAAGGGAAGGGAGAGGGACAGAACAAAAAGAUUAACUUUGGAUCAAGUUUUGGACAAGCCAUUCCACCCUGUCAAAAGUGCAAUAAAAUGCAUAGUGGUGAAUGUUUGUUUGGGAAGCAUGUGUGCUAUCGAUGCGGUAAAACAGGGCAUAUUAUCAAAAAUUGCAAAGAAAAUCCCUUGAAGAAGAAUGAUGAACAAGAAAAGAAGGGAAAUGCCCGAAUUUUUGCUUUAACCCAGGAACAGACAACAUAG